AUGUCUCAAAUCACCCAAACUGCCUUGCAAAACCUAGAUGAGUCUUCCAGAAAAGACAUCUUGCAAUUCAUAGAAUCUGAAAACUCGAAGUCUAAGGUUCAAAUGUCCAUCCACAACUUCACAGAUAUGUGUUUCAAGAAAUGCAACGAUAAUGUUCCCAUCACCUCCAACAUGUUGGCCCCACACGAGGAAAAAUGUCUCACAAACUGUUUGAACAGAUUCCUUGAUACCAACAUUAAGGUUGUAUCGGCCUUGCAGGCCCAAAAGUAG